CCCAAACGACCCGCGAAUAUCCCCCGGCAGAAAAUAAAUAUUUCCCAGCACACCCAUUCUACACCCCCGAUCGGUACAUAGCACCCAUCACUUCAAAGCCAGUCCAGGCAAAAUGCCUGGCCGACAAGCCCAUGGCCGCCCGCUUCUGGGCGGCAGCGGCAGCAACAGCAACAACAGCAGCAAAUCCCACCGUUCCCAAUCAAAAUCCAAAUCCUUCAAAAAGUCCCGGGCGAAAGCUACCUCCAAAGCCCUCGAUGCCUUUGCCCUCGCCGCUGAACAGUUUCCCGAGUCGACCAAGGGCGUGCGCACCCGCGGGCUGGAGGAGCACGACGGCGGCGGUCAACGGAGUCGCAAGAAGAGGCAACUCGACGAGGAAGAAGACGAAGAUGGGUUUGGUGACAGUGAUGGGGAGGAUGGCGCUGCUCCUCCGAGGAAUAAGCGGGCACGCAGGGACGACGGUGGAGAUGGGUUUGACGGUUUCUCUGACGACGACGGCGGCGACGCCGAAGGCGGGAGCGAAAGCGACGAGUGGCAUGUUGGCGUAGCGGGGGAGGAUGAGGACUCGGAGCUGGACUCGGACGAGGCGUUUGGCGAGAGUGAUGAGGAGCGCUUUGAGGGGUUUGCUUUUUCGGGGAGUAAGGGCGGGUCCAAGAAGAAACGGGCAGCAGAGGAGGAAGAUGAAGGGGAAGGGGAAGGGGAAGGGGAAGGGGAAGGAGAGGAGGAUUUGGAGUCCCUCGGCUCGGAUGCUAUUGAUUUGGCAACUGCCCUGGAUCAGUUCUCGGAGGAUGAGGACGGGGAACAACAGGGUGAGGGGUCUGGUUCUGGCUCGGAAGAAGAGGACGAGGAGUCUACCGAUGGAGAUGACGAGAGUGAAGAGGAUGAGGAGGACGAGGAUGACCCGUCAAAACUGGGCGCUUUGCAGAGCAUGAUUGCUGGGUUUGCCGGGGAAGACGAGAAGGAUGAAGAGGGCCAGGACUCGGCACAGAACAAAAACAAGCUGACUCUGAAGGAUCUCGGGCUGUUUGGCGUCAAGGAUGAGCACAUCAAGCGGUCCAUCAGGCUCAUGAACAAGGAAGAUAAGGCCGUCAAGCCGGGCUCUUCCAAAAAGCUUGAUGUUCCCCUCGCCAAACGCCAGCAGGACCGGCUGCUUCGGAGUGCAGCGUACGAGAAGACAAAUGAGACGCUCGACCGGUGGAUAGAGACAGUCAAGCACAACCGGCGAGCCGACCACUUGAUCUUUCCUCUCGCGCAGAACGCCCACGACAGAGGCCUCAAUAGCGGAGAGCUCAUGCCCAUCACACAGAAAACGUCAGGCACGGAGCUGGAGCAAACCAUCCUGGCCAUCAUGGAGGAGAGUGGGCUUGGACCUAGCGCUAAGCCCAAAAAGGAGGAGGGCGAGGGUGACAAGCAGCCUGGACUGUCGCAAGCUGAGCAGAAAGAAAUUCUGCGGCAGCGCCGGCUCGAGCGGGAGAGGCACUCGCGCGAGAUGGCCAGAGCGAAGCGUAUCAAGAAGAUCAAGAGCAAGGCGUACCGCCGCAUCCACCGCAAAGAACUCCUCCGCCAGGAACAGGCCGAGCAUGAGCAACUGGCUGAAGCGGGCCUGCUAGACUCGGAUGAGGAGCGCGAAGCCCAGGAGCGGAGGAGAGCCAUGGAGCGGAUGGGCACUCGCCAUCGGGAGAGCAAGUGGGCUAAGCUAGGCAAGAAAGCCGGCCGCGCAGUGUGGGAUGAAGAUUUCCGGGCUGGUCUUACCGACAUGGCACGGAGAAAGGAAGAGCUGCGCCGUCGUAUUGAGGGCCGGAAGGACGGCUCAGACGAUGAGGACAACGGUUCCGAGGUGUCGGAUGGCUCAGAUGCGGACGAUCGACGUCGUCUCCUCGCAGAGCUUGACCGUGCAGCUGCCUACGAAGACGAGGGUGAGCCUCGGUCAAAGCUCAUGCAAAUGAAGUUCAUGCAGCGGGCCGAGGAGCAGCGAAAGAAGGAGAAUGACGAACUUGUUGCGCAGAUACGACGCGAGCUAGACUCUGAUUAUGACGGCAGUUCUGAUCCGGACGAGAGGGAUAUUGGUCGCCGACAGUUUGGCAUGGGCAAUGGAGCUGAAGCCGUCAAGCCCGCCAACCCGGCUCCAGCCAAGAAGCCCACAGGGCCUGGGUCCGUCUCAUCCAAGCCAUCCACAGAUCAGGCGAAAUCGGCAUCACAAUCCCAACGUGUCCCUGACACCGAAACGGGGCCGUCAGCUCCUGGCGCGGCUGGCGCAUGGUCUUACGUUGGGCCCGAUGGUCGUAAGAGCAAAAAGGUGGCCAAGAGCACGAACGUGGAGCUCGACUUCUCCAAGGAGGCGAUGGCUGUGGCCAAGCCAUCCAAGCCCAAAACCAAGUCCGAGCCGGCUGAGAAGGGUUCUACAGACAACGCUCACGACUCAGAUGAUGAAGAUGCUAUGCACCUGCCUUUGGCCAUCCGCGACCUGGAGCUGCUCAACCGGGCCUUUGCCGGCGAUGACGUUGCCGCGCAAUUUGAGGAGGAGAAGGCCGAGAUUGUGCGGGAGGACGACGAAAAGGAGAUUGACAAUACUCUUCCUGGCUGGGGCGGCUGGGUGGGUGAGGGCGUGAGCAACCGCGAGAAGAAGCGGCACCAAGGGCGGUUCGUCACCAAAGUCGAAGGUGUCAAGAAGAAGGACCGUCAGGAUUUCAGGCUCAAGGGAGUUAUUGUGAGCGAGAAGCGCGUGAGAAAGAACGACAAGUAUCUUGCCACGCAGCUGCCUCACCCGUUCGAGUCCCAGCAACAAUACGAACGGUCUCUGCGGUUGCCUGUUGGGCCGGAAUGGAUGACCAAGGAGACUUUCCAGGACGCGACCAAGCCGAGGGUCAUUGUCAAGCAGGGCAUCAUUGCGCCAAUGUCAAAGCCGAUGUAUUAAGGAUAGCUGUUGGGCUUGGGCAUAGGGGUUAUUGCAUAGAUCGGAUAUACAAAAGUGGAAUUGGAGUCAUCUGGUACAUGUCUCUUGCAUUUGACUGGUGUAUGUAAGACAGUUGGGAUGAGGAAUGAGUCGCGAUCUAAUUUGCAGUCGAGAUAAUUCCUUUUAGUCUACCAACCCACCCUAUGCAGAUUACAGUUGCGCCAGGAACCAAGAGCAUAGUUACAC